AUGUCGCCGACGACACGCUCCGUCUUGGCUUGCGGCCUGUUGCUGGGCUCCGCGGCCAGGGCUCAGUGGAAUGACCCGCAGUCCUCUUCGUCGUCGGGCUUCAGCUAUGUGCAGCCUCUCAACACCACCAUCCUGGGCCAAUACGGGCACUCGCCCGCCGUCUAUCCCUCACCCAAUGCUACCGGCAGUGGCGGAUGGGAGGCCGGCCUGGCGAAGGCCAAGGACUUUGUUUCCAAACUGACGCUCGAGGAGAAGGCGCUCAUGGUGACGGGCUAUCCAGGGCCGUGCGUGGGCAACAUCCUCGCGGUCCCCCGUCUCAACUUCCCGGGCUUGUGUCUCCAGGACGGACCGCUCGCUAUCCGCGUGGCCGACUACGCUAGCGUCUUUCCCGCUGGCGUGUCGGUCGCGGCCUCCUGGGACCGUGAUCUGAUGUACAAGCGCGGCCUGGCCAUGGGAGAGGAAUUCCGCGGAAAGGGCGCUCAUAUCUUCUUGGGUCCUGUUUCCGGUCCGCUUGGGAGAUCAGCGUACGCAGGACGCAACUGGGAGGGAUUCUCGCCGGAUCCGUACCUAACAGGCGUCGCCAUGGAGGAGACCAUCAAUGGCAUGCAAAAGGCGGGCGUUCAGGCGACGGCCAAGCACUUCAUCGUCAACGAGCAGGAGACGCAGCGCAACCCGUCGUGGAAGAACGGUGUCAUCUCCCAGGAGGCACUCUCGGCCAACCUCGACGACCGCACCAUGCACGAGCUCUACCUGUGGCCCUUUGCCAAUGCCGUCCGAGCCAAGACGGCUGCUGUCAUGUGCGCGUACCAGCGCAUCAACGGCUCGUACGCGUGCCAGAACUCGGCCGUAUUGAACGGUCUUUUGAAGACGGAGCUCGGUUUCCAGGGCUAUGUCAUGAGCGACUGGGGUGCCACCCAUGCGGGCGUGGCCGCCAUCGAGGCCGGGCUUGACAUGGACAUGCCCGGUGGCUUGGGUCCCUAUGGCAUGACGUGGACCGGCAACGGCUUCUUCGGGCCGAACGUGACGGCAGCGGUCAACAACGGUACACUGGACCAGGCUCGGUUGGACGACAUGAUUGUGCGCAUCAUGACGCCUUACUAUGCCCUCGGUCAGGACACCAGCUUCCCUUCGGUUGAUCCGUCGACAGCCGACCUCAACACCUUCUCGCCUCGCAGCACCUGGCUGACUGAGUUCAACCUCACGGGCGAGAGCAGCCGCGACGUGCGAGGCAACCACGCGGCCCUGAUUCGGGAGCACGGCGCAGCCGCCAUGGUGCUGCUCAAGAACGAGAAUGGCGCGCUGCCACUCAAGGCCCCCAAGUCCAUCGCCGUGUUUGGAAAUGACGCUGGCGAGAUUACCGAUGGCUUCUACAACCAAAAGGACUACGAGUAUGGCACGCUCUCGGCGGGCGGCGGCUCGGGCACCGGCCGCUUCACCUACAUUGUGACCCCGCUCGAGGCCAUCAAGGCGCGGGCGGCCAAAGACAAUGCGCUGGUGCAGCACUGGCUCAACAACACGCUGAUUGCCACCACCGACGUCACCACGCUGUGGAUCCCCAAACGCCCCGAGGUCUGCCUCGUCUUCCUCAAGACGUGGGCCGAGGAGGCCGCCGACCGCACGCAUCUCGACGUGGACUGGAACGGCAAUGACGUUGUUGAAUCGGUGGCGUCGGCUUGCAACAACACCAUCGUGGUGACGCACUCGGCGGGCAUCAACACGCUGCCGUGGGCCGACCACCCCAACGUGACGGCCAUCGUGGCAGCGCACUAUCCGGGCCAGGAGAGCGGCAACUCGCUGGUGGACGUGCUGUACGGCGACGUGAACCCGUCGGGCCGGCUGCCGUACACGGUGGCACUGGAGGCCAGCGACUACAACGCCCCGCCCACCACGGCCAUCAACACGACGGGCGUCGAGGACUGGCAGAGCUGGUUCGACGAGAAGCUCGAGAUCGACUACCGCUACUUUGACGCGCACAACAUCAGCGUGCGCUACGAGUUCGGCUUCGGUCUGUCCUAUACCACCUUUGCCCUGUCCGACAUCAAGACGGCCAAGGCGGACAAGUACAGCAAGAAGAAGUCGACCAUCUCGGCGGCGCCCCCGGCCCAGGCGGUGCAGCCCGGCGGCAACCCAGCUCUGUGGGAGACGCUGUACACGGUGACGGUCACGGUGCGCAAUACGGGCAAGGUGGACGGCGCCGCCGUGCCCCAGCUGUAUGUGACGCUGCCCGUUCCAGGCACGCCGCCGCGGCAGCUGCGCGGCUUCGACAAGGUCUACCUCAAGGCCGGCAAGAGCAAGACGGUGAGCUUCCCGCUCAUGAGGCGCGACCUGAGCUACUGGGAUGUCGUCAGCCAGGACUGGCUUAUUCCGAGCGGUGACAUUGGCCUGAGCGUUGGCUUCAGCAGCCGCGAUCUGACGCAGUUUGCUACAAUCACGCCCCUGUCGUCGUGA